AUGGCAGCCUUCACAGUCAAGGCCACCUAUCGCAACGAAACUCGAAAGUUCACCUUCCCAGACCCCGUCUUUCCUACCUAUGAUCAGUUGUACCGCCAGUUGUAUAGGGUCUUCCCCAUAUCCCACUCCUUUUACUUGUCCAAACUCUUAUUCGCUCCUAAUAACGCUCCCUCCCGCGUCCUAAUCGGCAAGGAAGUCCAUUCCGCGGAAGAAUACAGUCGGCACACUGCACCUUAUCAGGGGCGCUCGUGGCCUGGUGCUCUCCUACGCUUCUCAGUCUACGAUGAAACUCCCCACAAAUCUCCUCACAUGGCCCCGACUCUCACCUUGGACGAGUCCUCUGCGGCCGAAUCCGACGUAGAUGUACGCACAUCCGUUGCUACAGAGUCCGACGCCCCCAGUGAGCGCUCCACAGCCACCGUCGUUGAGUCUGCUGCGGAUGUUCGCAGUAGUUUGCGAGGCGAGCGUCAGACCCUCUUGCAACGCAUCCGGGAGGGCACCAGCAAUCGCUCUUCCUUGUCAUUCAACACCAUGCCUCCAACGCCCCCUCGCUCUUCCCGGCCCACAUCCAUGGCCGAGAGCUCAAGCUCGUCGCGCCCGACAUCGUUCGCCGAGGACUGUACUGCUGAGUGGAGGCCUCUUCCUCCCCGGCCUCCCUCAAGGGUUACUUCUGCUACGAGCACAGCCAGCACUCGUACUGUCAGACCCUCGCUCUUUGACCUGCUGGGCAACACAUCGUCCUCCGCAAGAGUGACACAGGUCGCGCAAGAAUCGCCUCGAGUCAGUGCACAGACGCGUCCACCUGCGGAGCAGCGGUUUGGCGGGGAUCUUCCUUCGCCUUCUGAGUCCGCAGCAGACACGGACUUCUUGGCCAAGACGCUCAAGCUGAUCUCGUCACUCCCUUCGACGGCUUCCUCGAAGGCGGGCAAGUCACCGGCCUCGGACAGAGAGGCGUUUUUGCCUCCGCCGGCGACUUUCGUGGCUCCCCCUCCACCCAUCUUGUUCUCCGAUAGCCGGCCAGACCAUGUAGCCCAUGACAGCGACGUGGUCAUGGACUCCCCGCCGAUGCGCAGUAACUCGCAUAUUCGCCCGGGUGGAACGGCGCAGUCUGGGGCGCAGCAGGCACCAGCGCAGCGGUUCAUGCCUUUCCUCACAGCAGAGCAGCGUGCGUGGCCCUCAACCGCGUCGACCAUCAAGGCCAACCCCCCUCAGAACGUUCGCGCUGCUCAUGCUUGCUGCUCAGUAGCGCAGGGCAAAGCGGAGAUCAAGGCACUCAUGGACAAGUUCCAACGGGACUUCGAGGAGAAGAUGACAAAGACAUUCGGGAAGGACUGGGACAAGGACCUCCACAGGGAGAAUUCCAGGGACGAACGACUUCCCAAUCUCCCGUCCCCUCCAACCCAUCGUCCGACCCUCCCGGGUCAGUUUGCUCCCAGUAGGUAUUCUCGUGCUAUGCAUUGGCCCCCGCAUCCACCUUCUCCUCCAGGUAUACCUGCUCCGCCUUUGUUCAUCCCGCCACCGCCACCGCCUCCUUUGUAUAUGCCUCCUCCGCCCCCGCCUUGCGUACCGCCCCCGCCGCUACCCCCGAUGCCGCUUCCGUUCUUUUCUCACCGGAACGAGGCACCUGGCAUCAAGAUUUUGCCGCCCCCUCGCUGGGUCCGCACCCCUCCGCCCAUCCCGCACGUCGCAUAUGGACCCACCCGCGAUGCCUCGCGCCGCUCGGCUACAUCCGAGGAUGAACGUCGCAACAACGAGGACGGUGUACACAAGGGCGUGAGGUGCGACAACUGCGACAAGAGGCAUAUGAAGGGUAUCAGGUACAAGUGUCUGGACUGCGCCGACUACGACCUCUGUCAAGCGUGCAUGGCCUCACCCAAAGUGUGGGGAAACCACGAUCACACCCAUGCGUUCUUCCCGAUCCAUACGCCUGAAGACUUCGUCGACUUCUGCAUCGUGAAGGACAAACGUCAAAGCUCCCAAGUCGUGCACAAGGGCAUCACGUGCGACGGAUGCAACAAGAAGAACAUCUCUGGUGUUAGGCACAAGUGUUUGCAAUGCAGGGACUACGACUUGUGCGACGUGUGCGUUGCUGACCCCCAGAAGCGUCAGAUGCACCCCGCCGAUCACGGCUUCUUCCCUAUCGCCUCUCCCGGCAAGAAGGAGGCGUACGAUGAGGCCCGUAGCCGACUCCAGUCGAACUCAGCACCGCCGUCGGACACUGCGGCUCGCCACUUCCACGUGCAUUGCGAUGAAUGUCGUCAAAGUCCCAUCAUUGGCGUCCGCCACAAGUGCCUGGAUUGUGCAGAUUACGACUUGUGCACGUCUUGCAUCUCGAACCCUGAUCGUCGUCAGAAGCAUGACACGUCGCACGCGUUCUUCCCCGUCACCACUCCCGGAGAGCUCUUCGACUACUCGAUGGCUGCGGCUCGCCACACUCGCCCGCUCUUUGGACGAAGCAGUCCGCCAGCCUCUGUGCAGCCCCAGGGUAACAGUGUGCGAGACGCUGCAGCGCCGCCGGUUCACAAGAACAUAAUCUGCGAUAUUUGCAACAACGAGAUCAUCGGUAUCCGCAACAAGUGUCUCGACUGCCCCGACUAUGACCUGUGCCAGGCUUGCCUGACGACGCCCUCCCUGCGCGCUCAGCACCACUCUGCCCACCAGUUCUUCGGCAUCGAGAAGCCCGGCGAGAUCAUCGUGCACACCGUGUUCUCUGGCGACGACGCGCGCGACGCUGUCCCGCAGCCCGCUCCGCGCGAGCAGGCGCCGAGGGUUCGUCAGCGAGACAUCGAGCCCGUGGUACACAACGCCAUGUGCAACCUGUGCGAUUCGCGCAUCCGUGGCGACCGUUUCAAAUGCUUGGAGUGCCCGGACUAUGAUAUGUGCCAGCUCUGCUAUAAGAUCGUCAACGACCAGCACCCCAACCAUGGCUUCGUCAAGGUCAGCGAGCCUGCUAUCCUCAUGCUCCGCGAUCGCGCCAGUGAUCCCGCGCAUGGUGCUUCCUGCAAUGUCUGCAGCAAGAGGAUCGUCGGCGUCCGUUACAAGUGCAUGCACGAGACCUGCCAGGACUUCGACCUCUGCGAGACCUGCGAGGCUCACCCUAUUCCCGUCCACCCUGCCACGCAUCCCCUGCUCAAGCUGAGGACCCCCGACGUGCGGAUCCCAGUGAUGCCGGAAUCGCCCCUGCGUCAGACUGCCGAUCACGUUGAGGACCCCUUCCUCGACGCUCAGGAGUUCGACGACAGGAUGGUUACCAUGCCUGAGGUCCCUGAAUCCCCCCAGUCUCAGCACUUCACCUUGUAUGCGCCUCCUCCGCCUCAGGUGCGCCCUCUCCCCGAGGUCACGCCAGAGGACAGAAUGCGGAUGCUUGCUCAGACUCCCCCUGCCCCAUCGAUGCCGCAGUACCACCGUCGCACUCCCUCUCCCCUGUGGCAAGCGCCGGAAAGCUGGGUCAUCCGCGAUCGCACCCCGCCGCCGCGAUCUCCUUUGUCGAGCGCAGGAAGUUUGUUCGACCGCGCGCCCACUCCUGCUCCACGUGUAGCCGAUCUUUACGAUUUGUUCCAGCGUGUACUCAGCAACAGUGAGGCAGCCCGCCCUGCGCCGACCGCAAGCGAUGUCCGCCUCAUCGACCUGGAUGAGCCCGCCGCUGCCCAUGAAGACCACACUAUGGAAGAAGCUGGUGGCGACGCGGAGGGCCCCGUCGAUGGAUUCACUACGCCCUCAGACGUCCCGGUUUCUAUGUCCUCCUCGAACUCUGUCCCGAGACUCGGGCCGGUGAACAACGAAUGGCGCCAACUGUGGCCGGAAGUUACGUCCUUGCUCCAGCACCUCCUGCAGCCCCCCGCUACCCCCGCUAUCGCCACGUCGUCCGGACAGCCCUCUGGCAGCGGCUUCGCGAUGCCCGGUGGCAUGAUCACCGACGAGGCGAAGGUCGAGCAGCCUAAGAGGCUCGACGCUGCAACGCUUCCUACCGUCACGGAGUCGCCGCUAGUUGGAGAGCCUCUUCUGUGCAGACCGCUCUUGCCCGAGAGGCCCACGAACCCGUUCACCGCCAGCCGCCGUCUCAGCGAGAUCAUCCUGAGCGUGCCCCCCGUCCGGAACGCGGCGCGCAACGUGCGGGAGUCUAUUGACCGUCUCGUCCCUCCGGCGCCGGUCACGUUCCCCUCCCCUCCCCCGGCUCCCCUCCUGGCUACCUUCGUCUCGGACAACAACAUCGCGGACGGUCAGAUUUUCCCUCCCGGCGCGGAGUUCGUGAAGUCGUGGCGCAUGAAGAACAUCGGAUCGAGCGACUGGCCUGAGACGACUGAGCUCACCUUCGUUGCUGGUGACCGCAUGGCACCUCGCGAGAACACGCCGAUCAAGAUCAAUGUCGGCGUUGUGAAGGCGGGCGAAGAAGUUGAAGUCGUCGCGGGAGAGAUGAAGGCACCUGAAGUUCCCGGCAAGUACGUUAGCUCCUGGCGUUUGAGCGACGGGCAAGGCAAUCUGUUCGGUCACAGCGUUUGGGUCGACAUCACCGUCGCCGAGGUGAACGAAUCCUCUUCGGAAUCUCUGGCGUCUUCUUCGGUCAUCAUGCCCCAGCCCACUCAGCCCUCGUCGUCGGCCCACUCUGUCGUCGAGCAUGUGCCCACUCGGUUCUCUACGCCCUCGAUGACUGUCCCCUCGGCACCGCCUUCUGACGGCGGCUCGUCUGUCUCGCUUCUCGACGCUGUCUCUUCCGCCGAGUCGUCCGACGAUGACGAGGCUAUGUACGAGGACAGCCGCUCGCGCGUCCUCGUCUCCCCGUCCGAGCUGGCGCCGCAGGACAUCGAAUACGUCAUGUUGUUUGACAGCUCGUCCGAGGACGACUGAGCUCGUAAGUAUCGUUUGAAGGACUCUGUGUGGAAUCUAUUUUGGAAUUCUGGUUGGGACUCGUUCCCAUUGUACGAUAUGCGUCUGGAUCGUCGCGCUUGGAGAGACACGGCCCGUAGCACUUUGCAUGUACUAUAGUUGAUACACCAAUGACGUUGAAAUAUACGCGGUGAUAUAG